AGUAUCCUCGCAAUACAGUGGCAUUACCUCUUGAGUUGAUCUCAUCUGGCCCGUGACACCGCGAACCGGGGGACAUUCUAUCGCCUACGGCCUUUUUCAUUAAAAAAAGACCCCUUAAUUUUACUCCGUUUACCGAGUGCCGGACGCCAAUAGGAGUAGGCCCUAUCUAUCCUUGUACGGGAGGAGGAGCGAUUUCUCUCCUUUUCAUCAUAACACCACUUCAAACCCUGAGGACACUAUCAUCAUCGUCAUGUCCCUCCCUGCGUUACGGCCAGAGUCCGAUAUAGGCAAGCACUCGCCCCUGCAACUGGCAACGCCACCGGCUACGAGCUCCCCUCCUCCUUCUUAUAAGCCGCUUAGAGACGGUCCGCUCGAGCUAUGGAUGUCGCCACCCCAGCCCGCACGGGAACUCUAUGACCAUAUCCUCCACGUCCAGGAGAUUGCCGAGGAUAAACGUAUACGAUUAAGGGAGCUGCGUAUGCAGCGAGAGGGCCAGGAGCACUCCUGUACCGAGGAUAGCGAGACGACGCCCUGGUUGAAGCAUACGGGGUGGCCGCAACGGUUUUGUAACCGACCGCUUGAUAUCAUCACCGCAUCUGCGAGACUGCCUGUUCGAGGCCCCAAUACGUAUAAGGAGGAUCUUGUGCUUGGGAGGUGGAGGGGAGAAUUGCUACGCAGCACAGCAGCAAGCGAAGCCCGGAUGCGAGUGCUGAUGCACGCCGUGGACGACAUGUUUGACCGGGCCGAGGAUACACUCACAUGCACUCCCUACCAAUUGCGUUGCUGGCUCACGAGCUACCAGCAGGACAUGUUCCGACAUCGCCCCCUACGUGUCAUGUCAGCUGCUACAGCUCGAGGGUAUAAGUCGAAGUGGAAGAAGUUCAUCUGCUACAUAUUCCGGGCUUUCGAGAUGAGCCCAUCAUUACGCCGGGAUAUACAUAACGUGCCGCUGCGUGGCGAUGACGUGCAGAUGAUGAGGCACAUAUUGAACUUGGCAUCGGAUAUGGUGAGAGCUAGAGAAAACGGCGACCAAGCUACGGGCGAGAGCGGUGAACCUCGCGAUCCCGAUAACAAUGAUGACGAGGAGGAGGACAGCCAAAGCUAUAGUGGCAGUGAUUCAGACAGCCAAAGCGAAAGCGACAGCGAAAAUGAUAGCGACAGCGACUACACAGAUGAUCGCAGCGAUAACGACAGAAAGAAGGAUGAGGAUAGAGGCGAUAGGUCUCAGGACGAUGACGAUGACGAGGUGAUGCAAUCUGGCUAUAUCCCGGACCUUAGGGCGAGUCAGGCCACCUUCCGCCUUCCCCAAGGUAUCCGUCUGGAGUUGUCAGAGGCUUUAUUGCAGCUCUCGAUGAUGUUCUGGACCUACCAGAGCCAAGAUGGAGCCAUGACGUGCUCCACUAUCGUACACUUUGUAGCCGUUUUGGGUAUUCACCCAUCGUCCUUGGCGUACCGCAACGCAUACGACUACACCCCGGAUCUCGCAGCCCUGGUCUGGGUUGGCCGGCUGUUGUUCCUCGAGUACAGCCUACCGAGGUUCAGCUACGAUACGCUUGUAUACCGCUGGCCGUGCCGAGCUGCGUACCCGUCACACCCUGAGCGCCUAGAGGCGAUUCGGACCAAGUAUAUGCUUAGGGGAUGCUACUCACCGCUGGCCGAGCUGAUCGAGCUCAAAGCUUUCGGCAAGAGCAUAGCGCGGAAGGAGGGGGCGCGCGCGACGCUUACCUGGGCACCGGAUGGGGGCUCGUUCACGAUUGGCAAUCACAAAGUGAUACGAUUGUCCGAGUUCUGUACGACAUAUCGGGCAGCAAUCGCACAGGUAAAGGAGUUAGUUGCCGAGCUGAUGCUGGGCUGGGACCCUGUAAUCGAUCUUUCUGCAAUUCGCGACGACCUGACUUGUCAGACGCCUGGAUGGAGUUUCCUUGAUCACUCGGAAAACCGACUGUCAGGGACAUACAAGGCGAUGGCACGUCGUGCUUGGUCAUCCACAUUCCGCGGCAAAGCACUGGCUAAGUCAGGUCACUGGCUACCAGAGCCGUGCUUAGCUUACCUAGAGGCAGGAGCCAAGAUGUCCAAACAGGGCUUCUCUGCAUUCCACAUCACGUCUGGGCUUCCGGGUCGGGCUACGGAGACCACGGGCAUCCGCUUCCGCAAUACCAGGCUGGCCAUCAGAAAUAUGUGCAUCCGCGAAGGGCAGGUCAUGAUCAUCAUCAGCUACAACAAAGCUCGCGCCUCAACCAAUCACGCGUUCUACGUUGUCCGUUACCUGCCAGAUGAGCUCGGCAUAUCCUUUGUGACCUAUGUCGCAUACAUCCGCCCCUUUCUGGACUUCCUCGCCACUCAACUCGAGCUGCCGCACUAUCAUAGCAACGAAUUUCUCUUCUCAGACCCCAGGCACAAGAGGAGGCACAUGUCUCCCUCGCAGGCGACAGAGGCUCUCAAGGAACUAACUCAAACUUUGCAGACACCAUGGACCAUUUCGCUCUACCGCCAGGCGGCGAUCGCUAUUGCGAAGCGUCAUAUCCGCGACCUGAUCAAGAAGAGGAACUGCUACCACCCGAGCGAAGGGAGCGAUCCGAUUCGGGUCCUGGCGGCCGGAGUCGGACACCGGCCAAGGAUGCUUCUGACAGGCUACGCCAUCGACACAGCCCUCCCGAGUCGACUCCAGGCCGAGCUCCUCGAGAUGUACCGCCAGCUAUCGACUCUAUGGCAAAGCUGGAACCAGGAAUACUAUAACCGUCAUUGUAUAGCAAAGGAGAGCGCAGAAUCUGAGGGUAUAUCACAAUGUAGCCCAGCAGGUGUAUGGACACCCAAUCCAGAGCGUCGAAAGAAAGGACGAGGGACAGUUGUCAGAUAUGAAGCGCUACGAGAAGAAGUGAAAGGAACUAGUGCGAGCUGUGUCACCUGCGAUAUCCAAUCAAGCUCUGAAGUCAUGACGGCGCAACUGCCCCCAGGCUUUAUCUACAACGCGGAGCAUCAGAUCCUUAUAUGCGUCGCGUGUAAGUCUGCCAUUAGCCCGGGGAAAAAGCCACUUUACAGCCACCUCAACCGCACCCACCGUAUCCUAGGCCCUACCUGCAAGGCUUAUAUCCAGCGCUUUAGUACCCUCCAGCUCUUGCCGCUGAACGAUCUUGUUCUUCCACGCGAGAAGAUCCCGGCUAUUCCCGGCCUCCGGAUUUUUAUAGUAUUUCGAUGUAACGUCUGCCAACAUUUGACGUCCCGUUGGGACUCUAUUCUUGAUCAUAUAUCAACACAUAAGCUUGGCAUGCGUCCUUUACUAGCUUGGGAGAGGGGACUGAUCAGCAGAUGCUAUGCACAGACUUUCUCGUCUGCCAAAGGGCGAAUCGUCUACUUUGAGAUCAUGGCACCUUCAUUGGCUACUGACUAUAGCGGCAGCAGGCAGCACGCGAUCUAGAGGAUAAGGCAGCGGUGGUCGAGGAUGCUGUCGGGGACAGGGCAGAUCGGGAGCCGUGGCCGGUCUACAACGGAUUUCCAGCGCACCUACGGGGGCUCCGAGACUGUUGGAGAUCACAAGUGUGAGGCGACCAAGUCGGUGGCAAAGGUGUGGAAGAAGGUGGAACAUUCCACAGAGAUCGUGCCUGUACAUAAAUAG